AUGACCGAGCCCGAGAACUUUGAGGAGGAUCUCUUCGCCGACCUCUACGACGAUGAUACCCCCGCGAAGGCGGCUGCCGCCCCGGAGCCCGCCGCGGCGCCCGCUCCUGCCGCAGCUCCCGUUCAGACCCAUGACACAUACGCCGAGCCGCCUCCUUCAGCCGAGCCAGACCACGGUGCCGAUGAUCAGAUGAGGUACGAAGACGAGGAUGAUGAUGAUGAGGUAGACUUCAACCUCGGUGGUGGAGGUGGAAGUGGCGGUGGAGGCGCGACGACCUCCCACGCGCCUCCGUCAAACGGAAUGGGCGCGGUUAAGCACGAGGAGCCAACAUACUCAACGAGCACGGCCAAGAACCCUAGUGCCAAGGAAGACGGGUAA